CAGAGUUCGCCGGCUUCAUGUGGAAGGCAGUGGCUCCGGCAACAUGACUUCAAGUAACACCAGCAGUUCACGUGGAACAGAGUUUGAUCUGAUUCAAGUGAAUGGAACAUGGAGGCGACAAACUGGACCGUGCCAAGCCAAGGAGGGGAAAUCUUCAGAUGCUAAAAUCUAUGAGAACAAGUCGGACCAAGGAGUGUCCUGGACGGUGGUGAGCCCUAUUGUUUUUACCUACAGAGUUAUUCAGAGUAAAGACCUACUGGAUCCCAGGAAUGACACCUUGCUCUGGGGCCACUUAGGAGAUGAAGAACUUAAAGGUGCCAUAAGUAGCUGCAAACCGCCGAAGCGCUUCAUUGUCAUUGAUAAAACUGUACACGAGCUGUACGGCUCCAAGGUCUCUCGGUACUUUGAUGACAGGGGAGUCAUUUACAAGAUUCUUCCUCUGCCCACCACCGAGGAGAAUAAGAGCAUGGAGUUGGUGACCAAGAUCCUGGAGGAAGUGCACCAGUUUGGGAUUGACAGACGUUCUGAGCCACUCAUCGCACUCGGAGGCGGAGUCUGCUUGGAUGUGGUUGGCCUGGCAGCAUCUCUCUAUCGACGAAGGACGCCAUACAUUCGGGUGCCGACCACGCUGCUGUCGUAUGUUGAUGCCAGCGUCGGGGCAAAAACAGGGGUCAACUUUGCUGGAGGGAAAAACAAGCUGGGAAGCUACGUCCCACCAGUGGCGACAUUUUUAGACAGCUCCUUCUUUCAAACGCUGCCUCUACGGCAGAUCUCUAAUGGACUUGCAGAGAUGUUAAAGAUGGCCCUGAUGAAGCACCGUGGCCUAUUUGAGCUGCUCGAGGUGAAUGGCAGGAAGCUGUUGCAUGCCAAACUGCAGCCCUCUGAGACCUGCAGUGGCUCUGAACAGGAAGACAGUGCUGCAGCAUCCAUGCGCAUCGCCAUAGAAACAAUGCUAGAGGAGCUGGCUCCAAAUUUGUGGGAGGAUGAUCUGGAUCGCCUGGUGGAUUUCGGGCACCUCAUUAGCCCUGAGCUAGAAAUGAGAGUUUUGCCAGCGCUACUUCACGGGGAGGCGGUCAACAUUGAUAUGGCCUUCAUGGUGUAUGUAGCCCACCAAAAGGGGCUACUGGAAACAGAUGAGAAGGAGCGCAUAAUCCAGUGCAUGCUGGGUCUGGAGUUACCUGUGUGGCACCAGGACUGCUCCCUGGCCUUGGUGCAGAAAUCACUCAGGGAGCGUCUGAAGCACUCGGCUGGCUCCCUGAGGAUGCCUCUACCAACAGGACUGGGAAGAGCUGAAAUAUUUCAUGACAUGAUAGAAGAUGAUGUCAUCUGCCAAGCAUUUCAGAAAUGGACUGAGGAACUUUCUACUUUGGGUGCACCACCCGCCCUUGGAGAGCAGUGAAAGUCAUGCUGGUGGGGCCACACAGAAAGUGUGUCACAGGGGGGAGGCUCCAGGGCCCGGCCUGGAAUCUCCAAUCACCUCACAGAGUCCGGGGCAGAGGACCAGCCCCGUCCAGAGCCACAACACAGUGGAGGGAAGGAAAGGGCCGAAGCUCACUGGAAACAUGCUGUCUACCAGCACGCAGUGCAAAGCCGUACAUAUACUGUUUCACUUAGAGUCGUGUGUCAACACGUGUUGAGCAGGGCGUCCUACAAUAAAGUUGUAAAAUUACAUCCUUAAGAUGUCACAAGCAAAGCAAAGCUUUUACUUGUAUUGUGGCACAAAUUUCAUAACACUUCUGUUAACAGCCCUUUUGAACAGAUGUAUGACUGUGCACAAUUAUUUCAGUUUAGAAAACUUGUUAAAUGUUUAGCUGAAGAGUCAACAUCAUUUUAGUUUCCCAUAUCAGUUUUCGAGUACAACUUUGGUACACCACAACUAGCAGCCAUCAUUCAUAAAAAUGAGUUCAAUGUUCCAGUACAGAUGAAAAAUACAAGUUAUUCUGAGUAGGGCUGCAUGAUAGUAAGGGAUACAUGCAAAUGCAAUGUUGUUGUAAAAUGUCAUACGUUUGAGAUGCCUGCUGCAACUGGUGUUUUUCUCUCCCUUUUUUUUUUUUUUUUGUCUACCAUGACAUCCUAGUGAAGGCGAAGUUUAGCAUCUCUGUCACGAAAACCCAUCUACCAAGUAUUGCAUUCAUGCGGUACUUUGUGAUGAAGUUUGCAAUUAAAUAUAUUGUGCAGAUCUUUUUCUGGCCAUUUUCUUAACACAAAGAAACAAUUACUUUUGACUUUCAGAAAAAAAUUAUUAUUUAUGAAGAAUAUGAAGUUUUGCACACUCCAAGUA